AUGAAUGCCAACCAUAGCCAACUGUUAGCAGAGGAGGCCAAGUGUGAUAGGAUAGACAAGGGCUGGAUGUUGAACCUAACAUCAGGUCCUAUACAGGGAUUCUAUGAUGGAUUCACACACCCUAAUGGGAGUGCUGGUGCCACUGAUGCUCCUGUUCGAGAAAAUGCAGCCCCAGCCUUGAAAGCUCCUGUUAAUGGGGAUGGAGAGGAGCUUGUCGUGACUUUCCCCACAUCCAUGGAUGAGAUCAACUUGGGAAAUGUAAAGGAGAAUUCUGACAAUGCAGAGGUAACAGCACCUGCCUCGGAUCCCACAGCUGCAUCUCAUGGUGGACCUAAAAGUGACUCAAACAAUGGUCUGCUCAUAAGAGAAUCAACAUGUGUGGACAAUGAGGUUGCCAUUGAAAAAACAGACCCUGAGAUCCUGUCAAAGUUACCCAAAGUCUUCCAAGAGAUGUACGAGGACAAAAAAUGGCAGGACCGGAAAGAGGCCUUGGAUAUAAUACAGCCUCUGGUGUCUAAUCCAAAACUGGAAGCACACAAUUAUGGGGACCUUGUGAAGCAACUGAUAAAGGUAGUUAGAAGGGAUGCAAAUGUGGUGGUGGUUGCACAAGCAGUGCAAUGCCUCACGGAACUUGCCAACGGCUUGAAGAGAAGCUUUCAUCCUUAUGCGACAUUGUGCAUCUCCAUCUUCUUGGAGAAAUUCAAGGAGAGGAAACCAAAUGUUGUGAUGGUGCUGCGUGAGGCAGUAGAUACCAUUUCUCGUACCGCUUCCAUGGAGUCUCUUCAAAAGGGGAUCUUGAUAGCGCUAGAAAGCAAGAAUCCUGCAGUGAAAGCAGAGACAGCAGCAUUUCUCACUCGAGCCUUCUCCAGCUGCCCACCGGCCUCUCUGACUCGGAAACUCCUCCGGGGCUAUUGUGCCAGUCUCUUGAAGGCUCUCAAUGACUCAGAUGCAACAGUUCGAGAUAAUGCAGCUCAGGCACUGGGAACUCUUUUGAAGGCAGGAGGAGAAAAGCUCAUCACACCCUUCCUAGCAAAUGUGGAUGGUGUCAAGAUGGUAAAAAUCAAAGAGUAUUAUGAAAAGGCAGAGGUGAAAGUACCUUUGCCAAAGCCUGAGGCCAGAUAUUCUGCUGGAGAAACUGAAGCUCAACCCAUUUCUGAAAAUAAUGCAAGUGGAGGUCCUAUUGUCAGGAAGCAAACAGCUGCCGAGUCUUGGCUGAUGUCUGCUCAUGCUAAGGCUCCUCCAGGGGCAACAGAAGCUAUCAAAGGAAGUACUGCUGAAGAAGAAGUGUGCAUGGAACCACUUGGCCCUCAGCUUAUUGCAGGUUCUGAAGAGCAACUACCUUCUAAGAGUCAAGUUGAGAGAGGGAAUGAUGAAGAAAGUAUUGAAAUUGGGGGUGAACCCAAGAAUGCCAGAACUUACCUGUCUUUGCUUCAUGUGCACAUCGAUGUUGCAGGCAUCUCUUUCCAAUCCACAGCUAGUAUUCCUCUGAGCCAUAUUGGAAGUGAAUUGUAUCCUGCUCCUGAGGGACCCGGCUGUCCUCACACUACACAUAUUGGUGUGGAUGAAAAUUAUACUACUGAAACCAGGAGUGCCCAAGAAGAACCUCUGCCAACCUUAAAUGGGUCUUCCCUGGGCCUGUCAAGUGGUGAAGAAAUGCCAGAGAAAGACAAAGGAACCCAACUCAUGCAGACAGAACUGGAUGGAGAGAAGCCUUGCAUUUUCCCACCCCUGCAGAUGAUAUCUUCUGGAAGUCCCUCGGAGCCGGCUCUGGGAUCACGAACCGAUACCACCUCGGCUUUGGUGUCGAUCAUGAGCCAGAUCUCAUCGCCACAUCUCACCACCUGCCUUGAGGUAAUAGCCCAGGUCAUUGAGACUCUUAAGCAGAUGCAGGAGCCCCUCACCGAUCCCUUGUUCAGUGAAUUGGUGAUUUUGAUGAACCUAAAGAUGAAACUUACUUAUGAUUCAUUCUCAUCAUUGAACUCAAACAAAGAAGAAGCCAUGAUGAUCUUCCACAACCUCAUCUUCCUCUGUCUUGCUGUGAGUUUACCUCUACAUGCUUGCCUGUUCACGUUGUCACAUUUUGCACGUGCACCAGUCAUUUCCCCUAAGCAGUUGUCAGAAAGGCAGGCAUUUUUGGAGAUCCCAAGGGACCCAUUGAAGGAGCUAUUGAGGUUGCAUCUCAUCAUGUUAACCGACCCCAACCUCUCGGAUCUCCCUCAGUACGACAAGUUCUCCGACGACCUCAACUGGGCACUGACUUCUGUGCUGUCAAAUGCUGACCUCACCCAGAUGAUGUGUGCUUGCAUCUCCCUGAUCCGUGAAAGCAUUGGGAAUCGCCUUCAUUUUGGAAGUAUUGAGCCUCGGGAGUUUCUGAAACAUUUGAUGGUGUUGUGCUUGAGGGUCUGUAAGCAGCUUCCCUCCAAAAUUCAUAUUCUGCAACUGAAGCCGUUAUUUGAUGAGAUCCAUGCCUUUUGCAAGGGUCAUUCGGUGGCUUCAUUGAGCAGUGAGACUGCCGUCAUGGGCUACGUACCCGAACAAACCGUUCGCACUGUCCUCUACUCCAUCAUCAAAUUGAAGACCAAGGCAAGCCUACAGCUGAUUCAGGAAAAUCCUGAGUAUCACGAAUCGUGCCUCGCCACAGACACUUUGCGAUAUUGUAGCACCAUUAUGAGGGAGAGAGAGGAGGGUGAUGUGACAAAUUCCAAGUUGCCCAUUUUGGCACGUAAGAAGAAUACCAAGAGCUUCUCGAAGAUUGCGAACGGAGAAGAAACAAAAGAUCUGGGCCAACUGCAUCUCCACCACUUUGCUGCUUUCCCCCAUUCUUCCUUCGGAUCCAAACACCAACAAGCCGAUGGAAGCCAGAAAGACCAACCCAGGAUGCUCUCCUCUUCCUUCGAUGGAUCCCACUCGAGUCUUGAAGCCCCACGCGAAAUGGCAUCUGGCAGGGGGCAAGGGGGAACGCGCCUCCUCCACCCCACCAAUUCUGUUUCCAUCCCCACCCGAUCCGGGAGUCGACGGCCGAACGGAACCGGGGCCCACGGACCUGGCUCGCACCCUGACGUUGCCGCUGUCGGCACCCGGGUGGGACUCGAGCCCAUCGGGUUCAACGCCAACGACGGCCCCAGCCGUCGGGCCAAGACACGGACGGUAUCGUCGGACGGCUCCUUCUCGGUCAUCAGGAAGUAUUCCCUGCGAUCCUAAUUGGUCUGUUCUUUCUCUGGGCUCCAAACCCAUCGGCAAUUUUUAGAUUCCUACUCUACAUAUGCGAACGGAUUCUACUCGAUGUAUGGAAGGCGUAAGACCCCUUUUUAUGGUCAUAUGUUUCUGGACUCCAUGAUGUAACGUGAAGUGAUAGUGAUGUGAUACAGAAUCUCUCUGGACGUUCAUAUGUGCAUGCCAUAGGCCUAGAGCUGAC